AGGUGUGGCGUAUGGUCGGAUGACGGCCGGAAGCAAUCCUAGCUUUCAUUUCAUUUCCAGAAUUCCGACGUCUGUUGUGUGGGAGGACAUUGGCUCGACUUGGAGCAUCGCUGGCAGCGCAAACAACCAAACACCUCCUAUCGGGCAGUAGUUCAUGAUCAAGAUGGCCGUCGACCCUGUGAUUCAGAGCCUCAAUGGCUUGGACAAGACGACGCAAAUGCUGCGGGAUCGUAUCUUGAUGCUUCUUGAGCGUCAGCAGUCGUGCCAGCAAAACAAGCGCAUCUUGAUUGCGCUUGCUGGUGUCCCUGGCUCUGGCAAGUCGACUGUCGGGAACGCCUUGCUGCGAGAGCUUCCCCUUUACAACGUCAAGGACGUCUGUGUGCUCCCCAUGGAUGGUUUCCACCACACAAAAGAGGCUCUCAUGGCAUUUGACGAUCCGGCUCUGGCGUUCCAAAAGCGAGGUGCUCCUUUCACCUUUGAUGCCGAGGCUUUCUUCAAGCUCGUCCAGACGAUUAAAGAGACGCCAGUCACACGACCCGGCGAAAAGGCCGUGACAUUCCUGGCGCCAGAUUUCGACCAUGCCGUGGGCGACCCUGUGCCAGACGCAAUUCAUGUCUCAUCAGCCGCCCGCAUAGUCAUCGUCGAAGGCAACUAUACUCUGCUGAAUGAAGACCCUUGGAACAAGAUCGCAGCGCUGGUUGAUGACAGAUGGUUCGUCGAUGUUACUCCCGACGUGGCUCGCGAGCGCCUAGCGAAGAGGCACAUACAGGCGGGUAUUGAGAAGACUUACGAAGCGGCCGUAGCACGAGCAGAAGACAAUGAUCUUCCCAACGGUGCUCUGAUUCGAUCAAAGCUGAUAAGGCCUGAUGUCAGGAUAUUGAAUUGAAAGACGUUUUCCUCGUUAC